AUUCGAUUUUGUUCUAUCAUCCGUGUUCGGAACAAUAUCAAUAACUGAAAUCACAGAUAACAAAAAAUCGCAAUAUCGCUCAUCACUAGUAUUUGCCAUCGAUAGUCAAAAUAAUUUAUCAAUAGUGAGACGAAACUAAAAUUAUCGAUAAUAUCGACCUUCGCAUCGAUUGUUUUGUAGCUCUAUGGUAGAGCCUCUAUCACACGGAAGGAACUUGUGCAAAAGCGCCACAGAAUUGUUUAUAUGAAAUAUUAAGUAGCCGGUUUAUUUUGUGUGCAAUAUCUAUAAAUAAGAAAUGGCUAUUUCUCGACCGGAUGAGGUAUAUCACUUUUCUAAUAAUCUGCCAAUUGAGGUUUCAUACAAAAACUCUAUAACAUACUCGAACUGCAACUCUUAUGACCCUAGAGUUAUUGCACAAGGAUAUGUUUGGAAUCAAAUUGUGGUUCAGCACAGUGGAAAAUUCGUUGGACGGGAUAGCAUGACAGAAAUAUUGCAAGUAAUUUUUGAAGCUGUCGAAGGAGAAGAGCUUUUUCCUGUAGCAUAUCGGCGCGGGGUAAAAGACGAUCGUUUUCUCGUGCGGAAGUGCAAAGGGGCUAUAAAUAAACUGUUUGAACAUAAUCUUCGUGUUCAGCUUUCUGAUGCUUCUUUUGUACAGCUCCAAGUACAUUUUAAUGUAGGUGAUUUUAAGUUUGGACAAAUAUCACCACAUGCUAAGCUUGCGGAAGCACUAAACCGCCUUUAUACUUGCAUGGAGCGGGUAAAUGGCGUAGUUGGUAUAUUAAAUUUAUGCCGCUUUAAUACCCAGAAGGAACUUUGUGAUUUAGUUGUUAAUUUGGGUAAUCGUGCUGUGCUUGAGACUAUUUGUAAUUUAAUCUAUCGCAAUGAUGACAAAUUUCGCUUAGUGAAUGGAUUGAUCCUAAGCGAUAACGGCAUCACAACUGUAGCACCUCUGGCAGUUUUUGCUGGUGCUGAAUUUGUGGUUUUGGAUUUAAGUAAAAAUAAGAUUACUUCGUCAUCGCGUUUAUGCCGCGAUUUAAGCGAAGUGAAAGCAGACGAAUUGUUGCUAGCUGGUAACCCGAUCACGAGUGGCAACAAUUAUCCAGAGUGUCUACGGCCUAUACAAAAAAAUUUUAAAAUAAUUGAUGGUAUACCGGUCGAGAAUUUAUCGAAACUCUAUUCGCCUUUGGACUACGAAGUAGACAUCAACAGGAAUGGGUAUCGAGUAGAUCUAAAUAAUAAGAGAGAUGUUGUCUUGUUCCAACACAGUAAUGAUUGGCAUGCUAUUGUGAUACCUGAUGCGGGACAAGAAUUUACAAAACAUGAAAUUAUGGACUAUUUUUUUAUUACUGUUUCACAAAAGCUAUCUGAGAUAUAUCCUUGUUAUUAUAAGUUUUCCGCUGGUGAACAUCAGUUUCUUGUGCGGCAAUGUUUUGAUCAGCUCAAAUACUUAGUUGAUAUUUGUAAAAUGGAAAUAAAUGUUCCACGCUUAACUACUACUGUUGAUAAAUAUUCGGCGCUUUCCGAAAUUCAAAUAGACAAAAUUUUAAAAUAUUAUAUGCUUAUGAAUGUUACACCUUUCAAACGAGGACAAAUAGAGCCCAUGGGAUGUAUUGAUAAAGCCCUCACACGUCGUUAUAACGGUAUAAAUAGGCAAUUAAAUUUGGAUAACUUUGAAAGUGUCGAAGGUUUAGAAAAUAUUGUCAUCAAUUUAAGCUCACCAAAAAUUUUGAGCCGAGUUCUUAUGCAGGCAUCUCGAAAACUUCUUACCAGUUGUGUGGAACUGCGUCUGACACACAAUAAAAUAACUAAUGCUAAUGUGUCAAAAGUUUUAAAUAUAAUGAGUAAUUUAAAAGCUAUAGAUUUAGGGAACAACUGGAUAGUAGAUUUGGAGGACGUUAAGGAGCUUUCUGCGCUUGGAUUGAAAACUUUACGUUUGGACGGUAAUCCUUUGUGUACCAAAUAUUCAUUCGCUGGCGAAUACGUAAAAGCUGUUAGAAGACUCUUUCCGGAGCUGAAGAAACUGGAUAACAUUGAAAUAAAAAAUAAAGGUUACUUAAGCUCCCAGAAGAACUUCUUGUGCGAUGUAAGAGGCUAUGAUUUUAUUAAUGAAUUUGUACCACGGUUUUUCAAGUGUUUUGAUUCUCAUAAUCGCUCAAGUUUGGAGGAAUUAUAUCAUCGGAACGCAAUUUUCACGUUUUCAUUUAAUUACAUCAUUGCUCAAAUGACUUCGCAAAAUUUUAAGCGGAUAUCUAAGUAUCGUGAAAAUUGUAGAAACAUAUUAAGAAUUUCAGAUCUUUCUCGAGCACACACUAGUAUACAUCUAGGCGCUAAUCAAAUCAUGCAAGUUUUCUUUCAGCUACCUAGCACGCGGCAUGAUUUGUUGACCGUCAAUACAGAUACAAUGAUUUACAACGAAAAUAUGGUAGUAAUAACAAUAAAUGGAGUAUUUUAUGAUCAAGCUCCCAGUGUUGUGGACAACGACAUAUUGAUGUCAUUUACUCGAACAUUUGUUCUUAUACCGAUGGAAACGAACCUUGGUAUUCUAAACAGAGCUAUCAAGUAUCAAAUUGUAAAUGAACAACUAAGUAUAUAUAAUCCCACAAGCCAACAGUUUAAAAGCACAUUCAAAUACUUUAAGAGUGAAUGCCAAGAAGACAAUGAUGCUGUGACAGUAUCAGAUAAGGAAGUUCUCAUAAUAAUAUUCCAAGAAGUAACAAAACUCAAAUCAUUGUGGUGUAUUCGCUUCUUGGAAGAUGCCAAAUGGAAUUUUAAAAAAUCGUUGUUGAUUUUCUUAAGUUUUUCUGACAAUAAAAAAAUACCAGAGACUGCUUUUAAUUAAAGUAUACAUACUGUUCUAAUUUCUAUAAAAAUAUGUGAAGAAUUCUGUGUAUUAAUUGAAAAUAAAACAUUAAGUAACAGAGAUGAUAAAUAAUUGUAUAAUAUUUCAUUUGAAGAGGUUCUCUACUCUAGAAUUAAAAAAAAAUCCAUUUAUUAUAUAUUUUAAAAAUUCAAAAUAUUAUCGGAGAUAAAGGUAUUUUGCUGACCCGGCAUCCAAAGUGGUUCGGCCGAAACCGAAUCUUUAAAUGCGUUUUUCUCGAAACUCUCUUUUUCAAAACGAUACCCACGAUUUUUCAGAUUCUGCUGGACCGAUUUACCUGAAAUUUUUAGAGAGUAUUUUUUAUAGACUUGUCUAUCUCUGGACUAUCCAUAUCCCACAAAUUUCAAUUUUUACUAUUUUUAAAAAAUUCGAAACAGUCAAAGAAAGAGGUACAAAAAUAGUAUUUUAUUCAGAUUGUCGUAUUUUUGUUCAGAUUGUAUAAAUGGAUACUAAAACCUUUUGAAACCUUUUGUUACGAUACUUCAAAAAUUACCUGAAAUUCAUUCAUCUAAACUGAAACAACCCCUUUGAGGUUGAGUAGAGUUAAUUCAUGUAAAGAACGACCCUAUUAUAUGAAUUUUUUUGUUGAAACAGUUAAACAGUAAGUACCUUCUAGAAUAAAAUUUCAAAAACAUUCUGUUAAAUUUUUAUGCGCCUCAUAGCUCGGAGCAGGAUCAUCUGAAAUGAAAAAUCCCAACUAUAUAAUUAGACAAUGGCUUUGCCCAGGUAACGCUAGGACUUGUUUUAAGGAAUUUAAAUUUUACUU